AUGGAGCCACUGUCCGUUACAUCUCGAGAUCCUGAGUAUGGUUCGGAUCCUAUUUUACAAUCUGUCGGCUCAUCGAAGCCGCAUGGAGGAAGACACCUGCUGUGGCACUUCGUGGUUUCGUUCACUGCAGCGAGCUUUAUUGCAUUUCUCAUGGUGAAUUGCUUCCAUGCAAUCAACAUCGAAACUGUUUUCUCUGGUAAAGGAGAGGGGCCCUUAGGGGGCCCCAGCGGUACCUCCAGGAGGCUCGCAGGGAAGGAGGGCCCCCUUGAUACGACGCCGCUGGGUCUUUGUAGCCCCAUGGGCAGCAGCGGUGAACAGGGUGGGUCCAGCUCCUCUCCAGACGAAGCAGCACAAGAAACUGAGGCAAGCACAGAAGGAAGCGGAGAAGAAGCGGGAGGAGGAGUAGGCGAAGGGGCAGGAGUAAAAGUAGGAGAGGGAAGAGUUCAACGAACUCGAAGAGGAGGAGUAGGAGGCGAAACGGAGGGAGAAGGAAGCAGCGAAAAAGAAGAAGAAGAAUCUGAUGAAAGUGAAAACAAAUACGGUAAAGACGAAGGCCAAGGCCAAGACGAAGGAGGAGGGGAAGGAGCAGAUGAGGAAAGUUUUGAGACAGUUUCCUCGGGCUCUAGUUAUACAACGGCAGAAAGCAGGCCUUCUGGCGAUGCAGGUGGCAGCGAAGAUGGUGGAAGACCUUCACGACAGAGAGGGCAACACGGGGAUCGAAACAGAUCCCCGUCGCCACCCAGAUGGCGAAGCCCACCAGGAGGCUUUUCUUUGCCGCCUGCACCCUCGCACUCUUCAGGAGUUGGUGAAGCCGCCAGUGUAAAAUCGGUCGUCGGUGGUAGCCCUGAAGCAUCCUUUGCCUUUCCCUCCUCUUCUCCAUCGCCGGAGGGCCCCGAGGGCUCCUCAGGUGCUGAUGCAUCUUCCAGUGCUGCUGGCUCCGCUCCUCCUGACCCUUCACCUCCAAAGAGCCUCCGUGUGCCUCUGAUGUAUACAGGGAGGGGGGAUAGGGAAUGGGAGGAGCCAGACCCUGCACCUUCAAGGGGGACAAAAAAGGGGGCGCCUACACUUUAUUUUCUAUUGGGCGGGUGCGGGGGCGAUCAGAAGAAGGGAGCCAGCACAUCUGCUGGCGCUGCUUCAUCUACUAAAACAGGCAGAGGAAGGACGGGGUCCUCGCGGAGUCAUCGAAGGAAGCAUGACGAACACAAACAUGCUGAAUCUGCUGCUGGUGGUGCAGAUGGUCGGAGGGGAAGAUCCUCAUCGCGACAACCUCCAUCACCACCAUACCGAUGGCGAAGCCAAUCAGGAAGUUUCCAGUUGUCGGCUCCUCCUACGGCGCCAAGAAGAAGUGCUUCACGCAUCAGUUUAAAAUCGCAAGGCGAUGGUGACUCUGGAGCAGUCUUUACCUUUCCUUCUACUCAAUCACCGGAGGGCCCUGAGGGCCCCUCAGCAGGUGCUGCUGCCUCUGCUGCUGCUGGCUUUACUUCUUCUGAUUCUUCACCCCCAACGAGUCCCUGUGGGCCACUGAUGUAUAGACGGAAAGGUGGUGGAGGUGAAAAGGCCGCGCAGCAGACUUCUGUAGCUGCUGGUGCUUCUACUCAGGGGGGUUCAGGGGGAGGGGCUGGAAGUGAAGGAACAGGGCGUUCUUUGUUGACGCCGGGGGUUGGUGAGAGGCCCUUUGGCUCUCUUGAUACUCCUUUUCAGGCUAGAGUUCCAGGCAACGUCAGUGGAAGAGAUAGAGGAGCACCCGGUCGGCCCAUAGGUGCCUAUACGCCUAGGGAAAGUGCUGGUCCACCGGAGAAGCAACGCAAAGGGGAUGGGGAUGAUGAACAAGAAGACAGCAGCCGAUUGGGGGGCCCGUAUUCAACUGGUGGUCUCUUGAAAAAGGGAACGCCCUAUUACCCGCCAGUCCAAGGGACACGCGGACGAAGAGACCACAGCAGGGCCAAAUCAGCGGGGGGGCGGGGGGCAGCAGCUGCUGCAGCUGCUGCUGGUGUUGCGGGAGGUGCUGGUGAGGGUGCUGGUGAGGGUGUUACUGAGGAGGGUGCUGGUGGUGGUGGUGGUUCAGCGGAUGAUCGUGAUGAUGAUACUGCGGCUGGUGGUGGGGGUGAUCCCGGUGCUGGUCAUAGUAGUGGUCCUGGUGCUGGUCAUAGGGGUGGUGCCGGCGGUGGUGCUGCAGGUGGUGCUGGUGCUGGCGCUCCUGCUGGCGGUGGCGGCGGUGGUGCAGAUGGUGGUGGUAGUGCUGCCGCUGCCGCUGGUGGUGGUGGUGCUGCUGCUGCUGGUGCUGCUGUCGGUCGUGGUAAGCAUGGAGCGCCCUGCGGACGGCCAGGAGGUUCAGGGGCGUCUCGUAUACCUAAGCGUGCACCCGCUCCCUCAACGAGAGGGCCCCAGCAGCCGGCGCCUGCAGCACGUGGUGCUCCUGCUGCUGAUCCUGCUGCUGCUGCUGCGUCAAGGCAAGUUGGUGGUCCUCCUCCUCCUGCUGCACAGCCAGGCGCUUCGCCUGCCCCGGGACCGUUUGGUCCCGGGGGGUUCCCAGGCGCGCGCAGCAAAAUUCUUGGUCGUGCGCCUAUCUUUAGACCGCAAUGGGGUGGGAGUGGGGGUGCACGCCCUAAGUCCCGUGAAGGAGGAGUGCCUCCAUCUGGUGAAGAGGGCUCCGGCACUGAGAAAUCGUCUUCUAAGCACAAAAAACGCAGUGGAAUCCCCCGCAAGAAGGGUGCUGGCACUCUUGCUGGUGCAGAGGGUGCUGGGCCUUCAAGCGGCACGCCUUCACGUGGUAAACAUGCGAAAGUGCCGCCUUUCCAUGGUCCCUCAGGCGUAGCUGCUGCUGCGAAAGCAGUCUCAGAGUCGGCAGAAGGCGGAAGUAGAAAGGAAGAGUCUGCAUCACAACCGCAGCAGCCAGAAGAGAUAGGACCACCACGGGAAGAAGGAAUUCCAUUAGUAGACAUUCUUCGAAUGGGUACGCGUGAUUUUCUCGGUUUUGUCGAGCAGGCAUGGCAAGACGUUUCGCCUGAUGACCCACUGCAUGUUUGGAAAGAGCAAGUCACGGAUCCAACUUUGCUGAAGGUGUUGAAGGUAAAGCGACAGAGAGAUACGGCUAAUGAUCUUUUGGAUUGGUGGAGAGAGCUGUGGGAUCGCUAUCGCCGAUUGGGGGUUGCUCGUGUUCGUGUGAAUGAUUGGAGUGAUGAGGACGUGUUUUUCUCGGAUGAUGAUGAUGAUGACUAA